AGUGAGAUUUGUUACUAGAAAACAUGUGGAGAAGAGAUCGCAAAAGGAUUUAGGGAAUUGAAUGCAGUGAGUAGUAGAGUACGUAGUAGUUAGUAGUUGAAGUAAGUUAAUGCAAAGAUUAAAGUAGAUAAUUAAGUGUUGCUAUAUAAUCGACUGUCUUUGCUGGUUAGUUUUGAUCAUCGGGCAGUGCACUUUGCAAAUUAACAAACAUACUCCAAAAAAAAAAAAUAUGGGGCGUCUCGUUAGAGGAGCUACUCUCGUGGCUUUGUUAUGUUUCCAUGUUUUUGUGGUGAAUGUUGCUGCGAGAGAUGUGAGUUCGGGAAAAGAUGAGGACGAGAAGACUUUAGGUGGCAAGGGUGGUGGCUUUGGCGGCGGGUUCGGUGGAGGAGCCGGUGGUGGAUUUGGAGGAGGAGCUGGUGGUGGAUUUGGAGGAGGAGCAGGCGGUGGUUUUGGAGGAGGCGGUGGUGGAGGUGGAGGUGGCGGAGGAGGUUUUGGUGGUGGACAUGGUGGAGGUGUCGGAGUUGGCGGUGGCUUUGGUAAGGGUGGUGGAGUUGGUGGUGGUAUCGGAGGUGGACACGGUGGAGGAGCUGGUGGUGGGUUUGGAAAAGGUGGUGGGAUCGGUGGAGGAAUCGGGAAGGGUGGUGGAGUUGGCGGUGGCAUCGGUAAAGGCGGUGGCAUUGGUGGUGGAAUAGGCAAAGGUGGAGGAUUUGGCGGCGGUAUCGGCAAAGGCGGUGGAGUUGGUGGCGGCAUUGGCAAAGGCGGUGGAGUUGGUGGCGGCAUUGGUAAAGGUGGAGGAGUUGGCGGUGGUUUUGGUAAAGGCGGAGGUGUUGGCGGUGGAAUUGGCAAAGGCGGAGGAGUUGGCGGUGGUUUCGGCAAAGGUGGAGGAGUUGGUGGUGGGAUUGGCAAAGGUGGAGGUAUUGGCGGUGGCAUUGGAAAAGGUGGAGGCAUUGGUGGUGGAAUAGGCAAAGGCGGCGGAAUUGGUGGAGGCAUUGGCAAAGGCGGAGGCAUAGGUGGCGGGAUUGGCAAAGGUGGAGGCAUUGGUGGUGGAGGUGGAUUUGGUAAGGGUGGAGGUAUUGGCGGGGGUAUUGGCAAAGGCGGAGGCAUUGGAGGCGGUAUUGGCAAAGGCGGAGGUAUUGGCGGAGGAGGUGGAUUUGGCAAAGGCGGAGGCAUUGGAGGCGGUAUUGGCAAAGGAGGAGGAGGUGGAUUUGGUAAGGGUGGAGGCAUUGGAGGCGGUAUUGGCAAAGGUGGAGGUAUUGGCGGAGGAGGUGGAUUUGGUAAGGGUGGAGGCAUUGGAGGCGGUAUUGGCAAAGGUGGAGGCAUUGGAGGCGGUAUUGGCAAAGGCGGAGGCAUUGGCGGUGGUAUCGGAGGAGGAGGAGGCUUUGGUGGAGGAGGAGGAUUUGGAAAAGGUGGUGGCAUCGGUGGUGGAAUAGGCAAAGGAGGAGGUUUCGGCGGAGGAGGUGGCUUUGGGAAAGGUGGAGGUAUUGGUGGAGGAGGUGGAUUUGGUAAAGGCGGAGGAUUUGGCGGUGGAGGUUUCGGAGGGGGAGGUGGAGGAGGAGGCGGCGGAGGAGGUGGCGGAAUUGGACACCACUAAACGAAAAUACAUGAAGAAGUUGCAUUGAGUGCAUGUCUCACGUCACGUCACGUACAACAUGGUUUACAAGUUUGAGUGUGUUACCAGAUAUACUAUUAGAGCUUUAUGUACUUUGUCUUUAUUUGAAUUACGAGCUAUGAGUUUUGUUAGACGCACUCUAAUAAUUUCCAUUUUAUCAUGUAAAACACUAGGAUUUGUAUUUGGUGGGAAGUCAACGUUCUUAUAAAAUCUGUUGAUUGUGACUACACAACCGGAUCAAAAUGAAGAGCAAACAGGAUGAUUAAAUAACUUGGUUCAAGGCUUUGAUCAAUUGGUCUGUUUGUAAUUAAUGGUUAAAGUUGGUUAAGUUGGUUA